AUGUUGCCCCCGCCGUCUGCAGGGGCCCUACAGGGAGAGUCGAGUAUGGUGCACCAGCAUAUACAGGAGAUGGCAAACAAGAGGAUAUCAACAUUAGAAUACCUGCGAAAGGCCCACGAGGGCCGCGUCUACUGGUUCAACACAGUCCUCUUCGACAAGCCUGACCUCGCGCGCAUGCCCUACUUUGACAAUCGGCGCCUCGCCCGGCGAGCCACCAACUACUUAUUACUGGGCCUCUCCCUCCCGACCGUCAUCGACCUCAACUCCAACACCCCGAUGGAGUUCCUCCGUACCUUUAACCUCCUCCUGAGCGAGUUCGACUCCUUCCAGUCUCUCCACCCCGAGACUGGCGGGCCCUCCUCCGCCCUCGGCAGGGCGAGGAUCCCCAACCUGAACGUCUUCCGCCGCGCCACGCCCUCCGCCAAGGCCCGGCGCAGCAGCUCCGCCAACAACGAGAUCCUCGCGGGAGUCCCGGGCGUCUCGAGCGCCGCGGGCUCGGCAACCUCCGUCAUGAACGGGCUUGGCGGGUCCGCGAGCGUCGUCAGCUUCGGACAGAGCGAGGCCGACCUCCUCCCGGGCGAGGAGUACGUCCACCUGCUCACGCCGAGCCUGCCCUUCGACCCGGACUUCUUCGAGACCUUUGCCACGCUGUGCGAUGUGCUGAUCGAUGCCUACACGCGCCUGCUGAGCCUCCUGCCCACGCCGAGGGAGUGUAAUGCCGCUGUUGCUGAGCUGUUCACCAAGGCCGACUCGCGGGUCAGGAAAAUCAUCGUGCAGGGCGUCGUUAAGGAGUUUGAGGAAACCAGCCGGAAUGGCGUGAGGACCGAGGUAGCGAAUGUGGGCAAGAUCGUAUUGGGUGGGUUAAUGUGA